CAUAGCUAUAGUCGUAUUUUUAAUUAGACGAAGUCAAUUGACAAUAGCUAAUGUCAAAUUGUAAAAUAAUGUUGCCACAAUAAAAGUAAUAGUGAUGCUUUCAGAUCUCAUUCAAUCAAAUGAAUGAACUAUGAGUGUGAAAUUUAUUUCAAAAUAUAAAAGAAUAUUAUUUCUAUUUAACAAUAAAAUUGUAUCAGUUUUUUGACGGCUUAUUACAAAGCGCGGUGCGGCGAAUACUGACAACACUGAUCGACACCGAGCGCGUCGGUCGCCAUUUUGUUUGUUAUUCGGCUUCUAACCUCCGGUCUGAUAGCACGUAUAUUUUUUCUGCGCUCACGUUGUUUUGUUAUUGUUUUUGUUAAGUUUUUCGUUACGUUGUGUUUGUUAUUUGUGUGAUAGUGGUUACUAUAUUGUUUCGUACAGACAAUAUGGAUCCUCAGCCAAGCACGUCAAGCCAAAGCUUGUCUCCGAGAAAAAAAAGACCACGGGUUGCUUUAAGCGUUACUGAAAAAGUGAUGAUACAGAACGUGUACAAACACGUAUUUGAGGAGAAAGCUGCUACAUUAUUACCUUUCGAGACUCCUGAAAAACAGGAAUGUGUUUCAAAAACAGCAGAUAUUUUGGGAAUUGGUGUGACCUCGGUGUACAGCGUAUUAAAAGAAUACAAAGAAAAUGAACAAUUUAAGUCUCCAGAAAAACGUGGUCCGAAACAUAAUUUCAAAGACAAAUUAGACGACUUCACUUUUACAGCUAUAAGGCGAAAAGUGCAUCAGUUUUUUUAUGCUAAUGAGCCACCCACCAUUGCAAAGGUUCUGAAGGUUGUCAAUGAAGACACCGACUUGCCCAAUUUUUCUUGGAGUACGUUAAGAAAAAUAAUGAAACAUUUAAAUUUUAAAUAUGCCACCAAAUCAAGGCAAAGUAUUUUAAUUGACCGACAAGACAUUAUUUUAUGGCGCCAACGAUACCUUCGACAAAUUAAAGAGUAUCGAAGAGAAGGAAGGUAUAUUUAUUACCAAGAUGAGACCUGGAUCAACGAAGGUCAUGCACCAAAGAAGGCAUGGAUUGACCAGACAGUGCUAUCGUCCCGCCAGGCCUUCUUAGAUGGCUUGACCACUGGAUUGAAACAGCCUUCAGGAAAGGGCAAACGUUUAAUCAUAGGCCAUAUAGGCGGAGAAGAAGGAUUCGUAGAAGACAGCCUAUUGAUUUUUGAAUCUGUAAAAAACAAAGACGAUUACCACCAGGAAAUGAAUGCUGAUGCCUUUGAGAAGUGGUUUAGUGAAGUCUUGCCAAAAUUAAAACCAAAUUCAGUAGUGGUUAUAGAUAAUGCCCCCUAUCACUCCAGGAAACUCGAAUCGUUUCCUACAAUGUCCUGGACUAAGUCUAGAAUUCAAGAGUGGCUAACGAGCAAAAAUAUAUCAUUUGAAACCACGAUGAUUAAAGCUACACUGAUAGAAAUUGUACGGCAACAUAAACACCAACACGGUGAAAAGUUUGUUGUGGACGAGAUGGCGGCGCAGCAUGGUAUAACCGUAUUACGCCUGCCCCCAUACCACUGUGAGCUCAACCCCAUUGAGUUGGUAUGGGCGCAGGCUAAAGGGUAUGUGGCAAGGAAAAACAAAACAUUUAAAAUGCAGGAAGUGAAAAAUCUUUUUGAAGAAGGACUUAACCUUGUCACAGCAGGAAAAUGGAAAAGCUGCGUGUCCCACGUCAUAAAAGAAGAAGAAAAAAUGUACGGUCUCGACCACAUAAUUGACAACAUUUCAGAUAGAUUUAUUAUUAAUGUGACCGAAAGUGAUAGUGACGAUUUUGUAUCGGAGGAUGAAGAUGAAUAAAAAUAAAUGAUUUUAUAAGCAA